AUGACCGACAGGGUGUCACUCCUGCGCAGACUGAUACUCGAGUCACCACCGGGGGAAUGGGCUAUCAACCAGCUCCGCGAGCUGCUCAUUGGCGCCCUCAAGCAGGGGCCGAUCCCUCAACAUGUGGCCUUCGAGAUGGACGGCAACAGACGCUACGCCAGAAGUCGCCGCAUGGAGACUGUCGAAGGGCACCACCGUGGCUUUGAAGCCCUUGCCAGGAUCAUGGAAGUCUGCUACAAGUGCGGCGUCAAGGUGGUGACUGUCUACGCCUUUAGCAUCGAAAACUUCAACAGGCCAAAGUACGAGGUGGAGGGACUCAUGCAGCUCGCAAAGGUCAAGCUGGAGCAGCUGACCACCUACGGCGACAUUCUCGACCGCUACGGGGCUUGUGUCCGGAUCCUCGGCCAGCGUGAGUUGAUACGCGAUGAUGUCCUGGAAGUCAUGGACAAGGCCGUGGCGAGGACGAAGCAUAACAACAAGGCUGUCCUCAACAUCUGCUUCCCCUACACCUCGAGGGCCGAGAUGACGACUGCCAUUCGAUCGACCGUGCAGGAGUUCCUCUCCCCAACUCCGCCCAAGAACACGCCCUUCUCGCCAUCGCGCAUCAGGCAAAAGAUCCUGUCCAGCCAGCUCGACGGCCGUGAGCCGCUGCCGACAAUCCCCGAUGAAGCGCUCGACGACGGCGAGUAUGACGACAAGGACCCAUAUGGAGACGAGGACGUUUCCUCUUCUGCUACUCUGCCUCCGGGCUCCCCUGAGCCUCACUUGAUGAGGUCGGGAUCGUACGGCUCCACGACGCUGCCCAAUCCCGACAACAUCACCGUCGAUACCAUCGAGAGACACAUAUACACUGCCGAUGACCCCCCGCUCGACAUCUUCGUCCGGACAAGCGGCGUCGAACGACUGAGCGACUUUAUGCUCUGGCAAUGCCACCAGGACACGCACAUCUUCUUCCGCGAGUGCCUCUGGCCAGAUUUCGGCCUAAAGGACUUUAUAUGGGUUCUCCUGGAGUGGCAAUGGAGGCAGAAGCAGUCGGACAGGGAGAAUCCCGCGAGCAGGUCGAGGAGCAGCAAGGCGCGAAGCAUGAUGGAGUGAUUAUGGCGACG